GUGUCGCGGCUGGUGUGUGUUUGCGGCGGUCGGGUGUUCAGUAUCGUAGUUAAUUAAGUUCCAAGGUGGUGGCGCUACGUAUCCGGAGGCGGGACGGGCAGGCUAACCGGCGGCGGGCGCUGGCAGAGCUGGUGCCGCUCCCUGCCAGUGAGGUCACCACCCGCCGCCGUCAUGAACGUCACUGAAGUGAUCAGCCCCACCGUCAAGUGUCGGGUUCACCUCCACGUGCACCUGGAUGGCGCCGUCCGCCCCUCCACCGUCUGGGAGCUGAGCAGACAGAAAAAGUUGCUUCUACCUGGAAACGGCAGCUUGAAAGAUCUGGAAGAAGCUCUGCAAAUUCAUUCGCCUCGGGAUUUGGCACAUUUCCUCGAAAAAUUUCGAUGGAUUUCACCAGCCAUUGUCGGUGACCUGGCCGCCAUCGAGCGUAUCGCAUACGAGUUUGUGGAGGACGAGGCGCGCCAGGCGGUGCUGUACACGGAGGCGCGCCUCAGCCCACACCUCCUGGUGGGACCGGGGGGUCAGAUCACCGCUCGCCAGGUCACCGAAGCGGUAAUGCGUGGCAUGGCGCGUGGGGAGCGUCAGUUCGGCGUCACCGCCCGUCUCCUGCUCUCCUGCAUCCGGGGCAUGACAGAGAACUACGACGACACGCUGGACAUGUGCACCGAGUUCCGAGGCCAGGUGGUCGGCAUCGACAUCGCUGGAGACGAAGCCUCGGCCGUCGAAGUCGACGGGAGCGUCAAUGCUGGUCUGCUGCGGGCCGAGGUUCGCACGUUCCAGGAGGCGGCGCGCCGAGGCAUCCACCGCACCGUGCACGCCAGCGAGGCCGGCACGGCCAGCAUGGUGCAGCUGGCUAUUGACGAGAUGCAGGCGGAGCGGAUCGGACACGGUUACUACGUGCUGGAGGACGAGGAGCUGUACCGGCGCUGCGUCAGCCAGGGCGUCCACUUCGAGUGCUGCCCCUCGUCGAGCUUCCUGACCGGCGCUGUGCCGCUCACCGAGACCCGGCACCCCGUGCAGAGGUUCUGCCAGGACGGCGCCAGCUUCUCGGCCAACCUGGACGACCCGGCCAUCACGCAGAGAAGCCUGGAGGACGAAUACGCCCUUCUGAGGCGCAUGGGCUUCAACGAGGCCAACAUCGCCACCAUGAACUUCAACGCGGCGAAAGCCUGCUUUCUGCCAGAGGAGGAAAAGCGAGAUCUGCUGCAGAAACUACGUCAGGCCUACGGUGUGCCUGACUGCGACUGACAGACUACCGUCGUGCCUGACUGCGACUGAGAGAGUGCCGUUCGCUGGCAGGCGCUACACAUGUACCAAUGCUACUCGCAGACCAAUACAGAU